AUGGCCGUCGAAGGCGCGCGCUACACGUUAGGGCAAUUGAAAGCUCUUCGUGAGUCGCCCUUGGUGCGCAAACCAGACGAACUGCCCUCGAUCGAUGAGUGGAUAGAAGGUACUCAACAAUCGCAACAAGAGAAUGCCGGUCGCAAGCCGCGCAACCAGUCCCAGAGACCCGAAGAACCUGCGCCCAUGGGCAAUUUCUCUUCGCAAAGACCAUCAUUAUUACAGACCAGACAUACCUCGCGUUCUGCUCAGCAGCCCGACGAAAUCAUACUCGGCCCUCCAAAGACGUCAUUCGCAUCAUCUCGCAAUGUGAACAAGCUCGAAGAGCGUGAGCAGGAACAGCAGGAUCCCACCACAGCCAACCAACGAUCCCGCUUCUUCCGUGAAAGGGAAACCACAAAGACCGGCAACAACAGAGACUGGCGCUCAUCCAAACAACAGCAAGAAGACGACGAUGCAUUCACUUCCGAGCCUCGAUUCACACCCCGCCAACCACGCGAAGGCAACGGUAAUGGCUUUGGUCAGCGCUUCGACCAACGCUGGGCUCGCGACAACAACGACCGCGAUCGUGAGAGAGACCGCGAACCUCAACGCGAACGCGAGCGUGAGCGUGAAAGGCCCAGUCAGCGCGGAGGCUGGCGCGACAAAGCACGCAACGAGCGCCAGCAGGAUGUUCCCGAGAAGGAGCCCGAAUGGAUGGACGAACCAUUGGAGAAAGAGAAUAAGAAUCAGAUGCACACACAGGAGGACUUUGAGCACUGGAAAGAGCGCAUGAGGGCUGCUGCUAACGGCUCGUCCGCAGAGCCCAAGCAAGAUGCCUUCGCCGAUGGUGUCGCUACACCAGUCAAGUCAACACCGGCUCAUUCGAAACCACAAACUCCCAUGGUUUCAGACGCGCCAGGCUUCGACAAGAGCAUCUUCGGAUCCUGGGGAGAGAGCAAGAGGCUUGAAAGUCCUGUUGAUACUCGCGCAACCAAGGCGCCUGCUGGAGCAAAGGGAAAGUCUUCUCGCUUUGCAUCCAUGUUUGCUCCUAAGGAGGAGGCCCGCCCUUCCGUCGAAGAGGCCGCCAGUCCCGCGCCACUCGAAUCCAACGAAGACAAAGCAGGCUUCCUCCGAAUCAUGGCUGGCCUCCGCAGAGGCACCUCACACUCUGGCGUCGAUUCGCCUGUCAGAGAGCAGGACGGUAGAGGUCCCCCUCCUGGCCCGCCGCCCGGCUUCGGCAUGCAAGCGCCUCAAGAUGCUCUGGCUGCCAUGUUCGACAAGGCACCUGCAUCCACUCAGUCUCCUCGCCCUCAAUCAGGAUUUGCUUCCGACUCUUUCCUGCCUCCUCCGACUUCUCAAUUCAGCCGCCCUACUAGCAAUGUCGCCUCUCCUGACCCAACAUCCAUGAGAUCGAACAACCCUGCUUCGCACCUGCCCCAACAGAUGCAGAACAUCUUCCUUGACCAAGCUCCUCGCAACGGUCCUACUCCGGAGAGCUUCAAUCAACAGCAUUCACGCAAGCCAAACUCAUUGAACAAGGACUCGGAGUUCUUGCUCAACUUGAUCCAAGCGAAGAACGCCAACAGAGCUGCGCCUCCAUCACGCAGCCAGCACGAGCCUGAGCCUUUCCAGCUCUUCCUCGAUCAACCACCGAAACCUCAAACUCAGACUAUUGCACCAAAGUCGCAAGCUCCUCGUCCCACAGAGUCAAUUGAGGAGCAGCUGUUCCGUGGCAACCAGCACAUGGAUCAUGGCCGCCCUCGUGCUCCUCCUGGAUUUAUUGAGGACCCUUCGAUCGUCCUGCAGCAAGCUCAGCGUAGCUAUCCAAAUGGUCCUCCCCAGCCCCGCCGCCAGAGCGCCGUUCAGCAGAUGCCCAACGCUGGUCCUGGAGCUCCCCAAGACUUCCCUCCCAACUUCCCCUACAUGCCUGGUGGUCCUCCGCCUCCUGGUCCUGGUGACCGUAUGCCUCCUGGUUUCAAUCCCAACAUUCGACACCCGCCUGGCUUUGCAAACAUCCCCAACGUUUUCCAGCAACCUAGUUCGCAACCACCUCCACAGCAAGGCGCAGGUAUGCAAGGUCUACCUCCCGGCUUCCCGCCCGGCAUGGCCUUGCCACCUCCCGGGUUUGGGGCUCAUGGUCCACCACCACCUGGCUUCUUCAACAACCCGAACCACAUUCCUGGUGUGCCCCCUGGCUUUGCACCCCCAGGCAUGAUGAUGAUGCCUGGCUCUAACAUCAGAAGCCCUGAAGGUACACCUGGUAUGAGGAGUCCUCAAGACGGCCCCGGUAUGGGCAUGCCUAUGCUUCAGGGUAUGGGAGCUGCCUUUGGAGGCAGACGAUGA